UUUGGUUCUUUAACUUAUACACGACGUCUAGAAGAAGGAUAAUCUGAAUUUCUUCUUUAUGUUGAAAUAAUAGAAAUAGAGAGAAAAUACAAGUGUAUAUAAUAAACUUAAUCAUAGAGUUUACUAAAUAGAGGCCUAAUGGUGGGUGACAGUUACGGUUGGCUGUGGAACAACCCCCUGACACGUGAAGUAGCCCGCUGUCCUAAGAGGGUUGGUGACUUGAUCUGGUCAGAGAAGAAGGGAAGCAGUAUUCAACAAGUGACUCCCCUGCUGGUUGAUAUGCUGAACAUUCCCUCAUAUGCACGCUGGUUUGUACGUAUUGCUGGAAUCUCGGGUGCCACAGCAGUGGCACUUGGUGCUUACGGUGCUCAUGUAUUUUACCGGCGAGAAUAUCCUGAGGAACUGAAGCAAGUAUACGAGACUGCCAAUCGUUACCACUUCCUACACACCUUGGCCUUAUUGGGUGUACCUCUGUGCAAACGACCCAAACUGGCUGGAGCAUUAAUUGCAACUGGAACAGCAAUCUUCUGUGGCACUUGCUAUUACUAUGCACUUACUGGAUCCAAGAAUGUGAGGCAGUAUACUCCCUACGGCGGAAUGUUAUUGAUUGUUGGCUGGUUAUCUAUGGCCCUGUAGGAAUAAUUUGUAUGGUUAUUGUAAAAGUAUAGUCUUCGAUGGGUGGAUCAGGAAUUUGUAGGUUGAAUUUAUGAGUAGUUGAAGAAUUACUUUCACCAUGAAGUUAUGAAUUACCAAUAAUGACUGAGGUACCACUGUGCUUACUUUUACCGCUCCUCCCCCCCUUAUAAUGCUUUUAUACAUACUGUAUAGUCUAUAUCAGAUAAGUUAGCGAUUAUGUAAAUACUUUAUUGAUUUUUAUACAGUAUUGGAAAUUCUAAAGGUUAUUUUGAUCAUCUGAUCCAACGCUCCUUCAAACAUGCACAUAGCUGAUCAUACUGCUAUUUCUUAAGCACUUUAAUUUUAUUUUACUGCAUUAUAACAUAAUUUGUGUAGAAAUUGAUACUAAAAAGAUUAUAUUUUUUGGAAUUGAAUUGUUUUUCUUCAUAGAUCCACAUACAGUUCUGUAAGUAGUUCUGUCUUGUAGAAGAUAUUGAAGUGAAAGUAUUUUCAGAGGGCAAUGAAAUAGCCAUGUAUUUCUGUAUCAUCAGCUUAUCAUCACAUUGUUCACAUUGUUCAUGAAGAAUAAAAAAAAUGCUUCGAGAA